UACAUUGUGCAUAAACGUUAUAAUGACUCGGACGUCUAUCCCUGUAAACUCCUCCCUUGAAACCGGCUAUCAAGCUCCCAAUAAUCCUAUCCUGAGGCUGGCGUUCAAAGUCUUGUGUGUUAUUGCGGUCUCUCGGGAGUCUCUCGACCAUUGGGACGAUACAGAGAACAAAGAAUGGAAGGACCAUGUCUCAAUAAUGGUCAAUCGAUUUCAGAACACAAAUAUCACCGCCGGGCUCGUACUCGCAACUGCUACUCUAUUCCUGUCGUCCGUCCCUCCAAUCGAGCAUUUGAUGGCUUAUAACUUCUCAAUAUCGUACAUCUUCGCCAUGGUUUCAUUUGGUGCCGCAUUGCUCAGCGUGAUAUCCGGAUCUGCUGUGCUGGUUAUCUAUGAAACUAGCACCGCUCACAAAGACAUGGGCACCCUCAAACGCAUGCCACGACACCAAGUCAUCGCGCUGCUGCUAUGGUUGGCAUAUCCCUCAGUCUGUCUGUCAAUCGCUACUUGCUGUUUGUUUAUGUCUAUCUUUAUCGCUUGCUUUUGGUCUGGCAAUAGUGUUGUCAGCACCAUAACCGUCUUGGCUUGUUUGGCCUUCCUUUCAAACGGAGGCCUUACUCUCUACGUUUUCAGCGUUGUGGGCGAAAAGCGGGUCGAUGAUCCAAAAAACCCCACCCACACAAGUUGCUGACAGGCAUCAUGCUAGUAUAGGUGCUGCAUGUCUUCGGCUCUGACAGGGAUGACUGGGCGUGAUAAUUGUUAUAGACCACUCAGGGUUUGGAUGUUUCGGGUUGUACGUAUCGGUCCGUGGAGUAGCAGCAUCGCUUUCUCGAAGAACUUGUUACUUGCCAUGUCUCGACUCUCCUUAGCCUAGUAUCCGAGUCCAUCAUAUGCCACACCACCUCCUGAUCGCCCAUGCGAACUGUUCACACAGCAAAGUACGUUAGAAAAUAGAUGCCUAGGGUCCACAUAUACAAUCUUCAACUUGAAAUUUAUGUACUUGUCAAUGAUUCAC